UUGGAUACUGCAAGUAGACAUUCCAUUUACGUGAACCAGACGCACUAUUGAAUUUGGAUACUGCAAAUAGACAUUUCAUUUAGUAGAGGGGAGUCGCCGGCCGCAGUUUCUAUGAAUCAACACAUGGAUGUGACUGUUCCUGCAGCCUCCACCCCUCUCCUUCCCACCACCUCUGUCAACCGCAGCUGUCAAGUCACCCCCUUGCCUGAGUCUCCCCCUCCACCUUACAGCGAGAACCACAUCACCACGCCAGCACACUCCUUGAGACCAGAUGAAACUGUAGAAGUUUUGAACUGGGAAGAGCAAACUCUAAGAGCAUUCUCCAACACUGGACACAGCAAUGUUACGCCUUCCACGAUACUGACCAUUGAAGCUGAGCCCUCUCAGGCUCAUGUGGAUGAACACAGUCUUAUAAGUAUUGACUGUAACUUAUAUGAAAGUAACAACUAUGACAACUCCAUCCCUCCAACAAUCAACAACUCAAAUGUUGCUGUAAGCACAAUUGAUGAGUCGUUGAUUUUCAAGCGCCGUCUGCAUCGUACACCUCGCAAAAGAAAAGGAUUCUCUUUGGACAUAGACACUCUGACGAGACUAUACCCUGAGACGGAAUGUUCCUGUGAAGGAGCCUGUAACUGUCAUCGACCAGUCUCAGCGGACCCUCAGGUUCGAACACGCUCCACUUGGUCACCGGCGAGUUACACUCUCCACGCUCUUGACAUUUACUUUGACAAACUGGAGCGAGGUUCAAGGGCGAGAAUGCAAGAUGAACAAUCACCUCUCAAACUGAGCAAGAAUACUGGUCUUGCUCUCAGUAUCUCCAUGUCUGUUGAUAAUUUGAGAGAGAUUGUUUAAGUAACUUGAGAAAAAUCUCUCUGAUCAUGUAUCUUGUUCAUGUGUUAUCAUUACAUUAUGAAUGCUUGUUUUUACUAACCUUGGAGAACUAAUCAUAUUGAACAAUUCUGAAAACUAACUGAUUAAAAGUACCUGCUAGCAAAUAUUCAUUAUAAAUAAUGUAGACAGGAGAAAGGGAAGGCAAACCAUUAUUAACAUUUGCUAUGUUAUUUGAAUGCUCAAUUUGUUGUAAAAUCUGAAUGUGACAGAAUAAAAUCGUCGUGUUAUGGUAUGUGAUAUUUUAAAAUUAUAUGUUUCUUUAUUUAUUAGUUUUUAGAUGCAAUUCUAUGUUAAUUGUGUUAUUAAGAAGUACUACCUUUGUAACAAAUGUGUUUAUAACUAUUCAAAUAACUACAUAGAAACUAAAAUAGAAGCUACAUAGAAACGACACUCAUAUCUAUACUUAUUU